AUGCAAGUCCAUGACGCAGUCAUUGUCUCCAGCUUCCCUCUGCUCGUCUUGAUCCACCGCGCUGUGAGUCCUCCUUCAAGACGCAAGAAGCUAUAUGUAUGGGUGCCAGGCGGAAGCGCAAAUCGGUUGGAUGAACUCGAUCUCGACUCCCGACAUGAAUAAGCGCACAUAGCCACAUAACCCCCCUCAGCUCUCGUCGCGCAUGCUCCGCAUCAUCGGAGAUGACGCCGACGACAUCGUGCGAAAGUCGAAGUCGUCGAAAGCAAGGCGGAGCGGUAAUGGGGGCUGA